AUGGCCUCGGCCUCCGUCUCAAAGGGUAACGGCCUCAGGCCCACGCCGAUGGCCCUCCUGCCCCCUAUCCCGCUAUACCGUCGUCUUCUGCGCGCCCACCGCAAGCAUCUUCCUUCCGAGAUGCGCCUACUGGGUGACGAGUAUAUCAAGGCUGAAUUCCGUGCUCAUCGCACAGUAGAUAACCCGGCGCACCUGAUCGGUUUCUUGACUGAGUGGCAAUUAUACGCGCAGAAGAUCGAGGGGAACUCGUGGGUUGGCGAGAAGAUUGACCCCGUCAAGGUUGCUAAGAUGAGUGUGGCUGACGACUCAUUUACCCGUUAG